UCUUGUUUUUUCUGCGGUUCAAAUGCCAUAUUAUCUGCUUGCUAAUUCUGUUUUUUCUGAUGUGUGUGAAAGGGAAAGAAACGCUCUAUGCAAUGAAGAACUUGCUUUGCUUAAUGUUGAACGAGAGGCAUACACUAAACUGCCUCUCGAAGAAAUACUGGUUGAGGGACAGGCUAUGUUGUUUAUGGUGGACUCUGGUGCGACUAACUCUGUCAUACGCAAAGAUGAAUUCCCAUUUGUCACCUUGAGUGGGCAGUUUAACUCAUCUAUGAGUGCUUCGGGGCAUAUAGUGAGGGAAGAAUUUACUGCUCCACUCUGUUGUAUGCAUGACGGUAAUGAGUUCAUGCAUAUGUUCCUAUUAUCUGACGCGUGUCCGGUAAACCUCAUGGGGAGGGAUUUGAUGUGUAAAAUGAAUGCUAGCAUCUUAUGUAACAACCAAGGCCUGAGUAUUUCUUGUUGGGAUCCCAGAAUGUUGUCUAUAUGUUUGUCUCUGUUACAUGUGUAUGAAUGGGCCUUUCGAAGUGAAGAAUUGUUUGCUGAAGGAAAGAUAAGACUGCCACAGACCAGCGAGGUCAUUCCAGCUGAUAACAUGCAUUGUACAGCUCAUGUUGUUGAGACAACAGAGCGAGAGUGGGAAGAAAAAUGGUUCUCUAUAAAAACCGAGGGCUUGACAAUAACCCACAUAUGCUGGAAUGACUCAUGGUGUGUGGCACUCGUAAAAUUGACAGAAAAGCAAGGACAAAUUUUUGAUGUUGAAAAUUCGGUACCCCAUGUUUCUAUUGCAAAGAAUACCAGUCAGCCAUGGGAAAAAGCAGGUGAAUUUGCAAAAGCCUGCAGCGAGGCUGUUGAUUGGGAAAUGUUGUCAGAUAACGUGCAGUUCUCAGAGCAGAUAAGGGCACACAGGAGAAGUUGUGUUUCUUUUUUCAUUGCUGAGAGAGAGAGAGUUGUAAUUCAGGAAGCUGUCUCUGUAGACUCAAAUCCACAAAACAGUUUGCCAGCGCGCAUGACGUGUGCUAGCAUUGAUUUACCACAAGAGGUUUUUGACAAUGUACCUGACCACCUGUGGGCAAAAGAUAAGUACGAUGUGGGUUUGAUUAAAGGGUGUGAACCAGUAAUUAUCACCCCAAAAAGUGAUUACAGACCAUGUAAACCUCAAUACCCUCUGAAAAGGGAGGCGCUUGAGGGGAUAAGGCCAGUAUUUGAGGCCUUGUUGGAGAAAGGGAUAAUUGUUCCCUGCCCAAACUCACCUGUGAGAACACCCAUAUUUCCUGUGCAAAAGGUCAGAGAUGCAGGUCAGCCCACAGAGUGGAGGUUUGUUCAAGAUCUCCAAGCAGUAAAUGCCGCGGUACAGGUAAGGGCACCUAACGUGCCCAACCCUUACACAAUUCUCUCACAGAUACCAGCUGACAGCCAGUGGUUUUCUGUAGUAGACAUUUCAAAUGCAUUUUUCAGUGUUCCUGUCCAUCCUGAUAGCCAGUUUUGGUUUGCCUUUACAUUUGAAGGAAAGAAUUAUACUUUUACAAGAUUGUGUCAGGGGUACGCCGAGAGCCCCACAAUUUAUAACUCGGCAUUGCAUUGUUCAUUACAGACACUUGUGUUGGAUGAUGAUGUUGCUUUAUUGCAGUACGUGGAUGACCUCUUGGUGGCAGCACCGACCCGACAGUCGUGCACAGACAACACCAUACGGCUGCUCACUCAUCUAGCUGAGGAGGGCCACAAGGUCAACCCCAAAAAAGUACAGUGCUCUGUCCAGAAAGUAACCUUUUUAGGACACGAAAUUACACCAAUGGGUAAGUCUCUCUCUCCAAAGAGAAUAGAGGCAAUAGCUAAUAUACCAAAACCCAUUACAAAGAAACAGGUGAUGUCAUUUUUGGGUAUGACAUCUUAUUGCAGGACUUUUAUUGCUAACUAUUCUGAGAUGCAACAACCAUUGCAUGAUAUGAUUUAUGAGAAACCUUUGGCACCAUCAGAGAAGGUAGAAUGGACAGAGAAGGCUGAAAGGGCAUUUGUGGAACUAAAACAGACAUUACAGCAGGCACCCACUUUGGGGUUGCCAGAUCAAAAAAAAAAAAAAAAGCCUUUUAUUCAAACAGUGGAUGAAAGGAAUGGCUGUAUGACCUCUGUUUUGUUACAAGAACAUGGUGACAAGUUGAGACCAGUUGCAUAUUUUUCAGGACGCCUUGAUGCGGUGGCCAGGGGCCUACCAGGAUGUCUCAGGGCAGUGGCAGCUGCGGAAAAAGCUGUACAAGCCAGCAGUGAGUUUGUGGGAUACGCACAGCUGCGUCUGUUGGUUUCCUCACUCUGUGUCUCAUAUACUGUUUGGACAGCGCACAUCUCACUUGUCUGCAGCAAGAUGGCUGCGUUAUUCCUGUGCAUUGUUACAGAUGUCUAAUGUCACAGUUGAAAGAUGUACAGUGCUAAACCCGGCGACAUUGUUACCUACACCUGGUGAAGGUACACCACAUUGUUGUUUGUCUGCCCUACGGGAAGUAUGUACACCAAGGCCUGACCUUGCUGACACACCCAUACCUAAAUGCACCCUCACAUAUAAUGUGGAUGGUUCCUCUUCCAGAGAUGACAGAGGCAUAAAUAGGAUGGGGUGGGCAGUUGUGUCUGACUUUGAAGUAGUGAAAUCCGGAAGCUUGCCUCCUCAUAAAUCUGCGCAGGUGGCUGAAUUGCAUGCACUAACACAAGCUUGUAUUUUAGCUACUAACCAGUCUGUGACAAUCUACACAGACUCUGCCUACGCUUUUGGGGUCUGCCAAGAUUUUGGGGCACUGUGGAAACACAGGAACUUUUUAAGGGCGGAUGGCAAGCUUAUCCGCAAUGGGGAUGAGGUUGCCGCUCUUUUAGAAGCAAUUUUACUCCCUUCUCAGAUCGCUGUGUGCAAAUGCAAGGCACACACCAAGGAACAGGACGUGGUAUCCAGAGGCAAUGCACGCGCAGACGCGGCUGCAAAAGAAGCCUCACUCAUUUCUACUAACAUAGACUUUUCUCUUACACAGAUUUCCCAGCAACAGGAAGCUGAAACACCACAGGAGUCUCUAAUAAGCAUGCAAACAUUUUCUCUCCCAACAGAAAUAGCUCUAUGGAAAUCGUGUGGAGCUACUAAAACUCCUGAAGGGAUUUGGAUGGGUCCAAAUCAAAAACCUUGUUUACCUAAACACUUUUAUUCCCAUUUUGCUAGGUUAACACAUGGCUUAGACCACGUGUCCAAAGGAGGAAUGCUGACAGCCAUGGCACAAAAUUGGUUCACAAAGGGUUUUUCCCCUGUAGCACAGAGACAUUGUGAAAAUUGUCAUAUAUGUUUGGGUAAUAAUGUUGCAAGAGGGGUAAAAACUGCACCUGUGGGGCAUCCCAUUCCUGAGGGGCCAUUCACUCAUGUAAUGAUGGAUUACAUUGAAUUGACCCCAGCAGAAGGACAAAAAUGCUGUUGAAAGACAUUAUUCCCAGAUGGGGAAUCCCAAACAAAAUUUCCAGUGACAAUGGAGCACACUUCACUGCUCAGGUAGUGAAAGAUGUGGGGAAAUUCUUGCAAAUCAAUUUGACCAAUCACUGUGCCUACCACCCUCAAAGUGGAGGUGCAGUGGAAAAAGAAAAUGGCACGAUCAAGGCAAAAUUGAGCAAAAUGUGUGAAGAGACGAAACUAAAUUGGGUUCAGUGCUUACCACUAGUACUGAUGUACAUGAGAAUGAGAGUUAGAGACCGAACAAAAUUGUCCCCAUUUGAAAUACUUUUUGGAAGACCACCACACAUGGGGUGGGAGCCACACAGGGCGACAGGUGAUACCCUUCAAAAUGAAAAUGUUAUGUUGGAAUAUUGUAUUUCUAUGUCUUCCAUUUUUCAAAAUAUCUCAAAACAGGUCAAA